CCUGCUGAGGGGUGGCCUCAAGGCCGCAGGAGCUGUCACCAUAGCCCACGUUACCAUGGCCACCCACUUCUCCAAGGAGCAGGAGGAGAGAGUGCGUAGGAAAUGGGUUCUGUGGGCUGCUGCUGUGAUAGGUGUCGCUGGGAAGAGGCUGGUAGCGUGGCAGCUGCCUAUGGCGUGCGCUGUGCUGGAGGAAAGGGGCUGGUAGUGCUCAGCUCCUCAUGCUUGGGUGAUGCACAUGCUGAGCUGAAUGUGUGGGGGUCCCCAGCGCUGACACUGGUGGUGUGCUGAAGAUGUGCACUAAUCCACUUGUGCUCCAUACUGAGGUGUGUGAAGGGGGACCUGUUCUCGUGCCCCCCGCAGGACGCGCUGGCGCACUGCAUCAGCGAGGAUUGCCGCAUGGGUGCCGGCAUAGCCCGGCUCUUCAAGGAGAAGUUUGGAGGCGUGCGAGAGCUGUUGGAUCAACAGAAGAAGACUGGGGAGGUGGCAGUGCUCCAGAGAGACGACCGGUACAUUUACUACCUGAUUACAAAGAAGAAAGCUUCUCACAAACCGACAUACGACAGCAUGCGCAAGAGCUUAGAGGCCAUGAAAGCUCACUCUCUGAACAACGGAGUCACUGACAUCUCCAUGCCUAGGAUUGGAUGUGGACUCGAUGGCCUGGAUUGGAACAAAGUUUCAGCAAUACUUGGGGAAGUGUUUGAAGACACUGAUAUUAAGAUCACAGUUUACACUCUGUGAGCAGCAGAGCUUUUGAGCUUUGAGGAGUGGGAACCUGUUAACUGGCGAGGGGGGAAACUGCACGCUGAGCACAUCCUUGGAGCGGAGCUCACUCUGGUGGUGUCAGUGGCUUUUAACAACAACCACAAGCAAGUUUGGGAUGUGGGGCUGGGCAGCCUGUGAAGAAGGCAGUGGUGGGGCUGUCACCCUCUGGCUCUGUCCCUGGAAGCCACCAGGUGUCACUGGGCCUCCAUCGAGCCCCGUUGUUCCUGGAGCCGUGGGCUCCUGUGCAGGGUGAAACUGGAGCUGGCUGUCGCUUGGGUGUUUGUUGGUAAUCCAGAGCUGUGGAGCCCUGUCACUUGUUCUGUUUCCCAGUUCUGCAGUGUGGCAUAUAGUUGAUUUUAUUCUGUUCAUUACAGGAUUAACAACCUUAAUUUCUACCUUCUGGCCACAAACACUGUUGCUUUGUUAGGAGAUUGUACUCGCUGAGAAUCAUGCUGUCAGUAUGAAAUAAAGAGCUGUGCAGUACUCUGGUGUCACAUCA